UUCUCACUCACUCCCAAACUACACACCGCAACAUUCCAGCCGUUGCAUGUACAUGUUGUAGGGUAGGAUCAAAGCCAGCACAAGUAAGGAGAAAGAGAGCAACAAUGGCCAAGCUUCUGCUGAAUUUCCUAUUCUUGAUGUUGACCAUCCGAGCAUCCUUUGGUUUUGUUCCAUCAUGUCGUCGCACACAAGCUACCCACAGAAUACCUUUACUGCAGGCGGCAGAAAACGAUGAUAAUGAUGGCCAACCGCAACAACAACCAGAUCCCGUGGAAACCUUUAUGGAACAAGCCUCUCAAAAAGGGGCUGACAAAGUUCGAGCCAUGUCGAUUGAAGAACGCACUCGAAGAGCCAUGCUCGCAGAAGCGGUCGAAGAUCGGAUUUUUACGAUGUACGAUGAUUUGGAGGGAUUGCUGCAAGAUGGAGUUCCAGUAUCCGAGCAAGACAGAGAAGAGAUUCAAAGUCUGGCGCAAGAAAUCAAGGCAUCUCAGUCUCAAUAUGAAACCCUCGUAUCGGGGGAACCAUCCGUCAUGCUGGGGACCAUUAAUGAUAUUGGAUCACCGUCGUCUUCCAACACACAAGCACCAACAGAAGAGGACGGCAUUGAUGGAGAUGCGCAACAAUAAACAAAACACAAACCUCCUCGAUGAAGAUAGUUUGCUACUGUUCGGCAUUUGGGAAACUUCAGAAUUGCAAGGCUGGAUUCGAAAGCCAUUCGUCGAUUGAAGGAUGGGACAAAAGUUUUGCUCAUCUCAUAAAUAAAAUCCCUGGGGCCAAGAAGCUAACAACUAGAAAAUCUCAACGGUACAGAUGCAUGCCAGAGUUGCACAAUCUACUGUUUGUUUCGACCCCCUGUUUAUCGACUUUGUGCGAUCUCUGGAGGAGGCCAAAAAGCUAAGGGGAAAACAAUGUCAGAAGUAGGCCUGGCUUUGUUCGUUCGAUCGUUCUCAGCCCGGCAAACUUGCUUAGACCGUUGAAAGUAAAACCAUGACCACAUACCAAUGCAGUACGGCUUCAGAAUGCAGACACCAGAAUGAUCUGAACUUGGCUCUUUUGCCUUUUUCUGCAUGAAUACACUUGCAUAUUAUAUCCGCUUCUUCGACCGCACUGUUUUAUCAGAGAGUCUGAACGAUAGAUAGAGUGGUUGGAUCACAAUUGCUGUUGUUUUGAAUCUCAGAACCGUCGCAUCGGUCUGUAGCGUAGAGCGAUGCAACGCUAUUAUUGCUGAAAUCUAAUCUAAACCGUUUGUGUAUGGAAAACACCUAUCUAGUAGUAGGUGAGUAAUCUCGCUCACCAGGAAAUAAAAGGCUCCAAGCCUCUUUCUCUCCUGCUUACUGCUCGCCUUGCAGGCAAGAUCACUCGCUGGGAAAUGGAAGGCUCCAAGCCACACCCUUUCCUGCCCAGAUUGCAACCUUUUGAUGCAUCCAUUGGCUACCUCCUACUACCUCCAGUUAUGUGAGCAAGUGCAGUCACAUCCACAGAGUUGGGCCGAGCAAUCAAAAUAGAUUUGUCCGCUGUCACCAUGACAGAGGAAGGACGGGAUGGACCCGUAAAUAUUGGUCCCCUUGACGGACAGUGAUGCCAAGGUGGUCACGUCCUCCAGUGCCGCUGCAUCACCCGUCAAUCCGGGGUUGUCAUCCACCCAAAGAAUCUUCAAUCCCGGCAGGUCUCGUACAAAGGAAAUGUCACCGACAAUGGAAGCAUUAUUGGCAUGCAACAGCUCUAAUGUGGGAAGUUGAAUCAGUUCCUGUGGCAGAGGUCCUCCGAAUUGAUUGUCGUCGAUAUUGAGCCAUUCGAGUUGCGACAGAUUGGCAAAGACAUCUCCCCGAAGUGGUCCUCUGUACAAGACAUUGGAACAAUCAAAGUCUCGUAGAUUGGUCAAUUGUCCAAAUACCAGUGGAAUGCCAUUGUUGUGUUCCAGCAGCGUAUUGCCCAGCACGAGCACUUUCAACUGCUUCAUUCCGUCCAACCAAGCAUGUCCUUCCUCUCCGACAUUGUGAAAGUAAUUGCCGUACAGAUCCAAUUCUUGCAGCGACUCUCCCAACAAGGCCAACUCGGUAGGGAGACUUCCUGUCAUUCGAUUCCUUCGCAUGGAUAGUUUGGACACGAGGCCAUCCGCAGUACAGUUGAUUCCGUACCACGUGCAUUCGUUGUUGUUGGCAAUCCAGUCCGUCUCGACCACCCAAGCCGGGGCAGAAAUCACGUAGCCAAAAAACCUCGUGGUGUGGGCAUUGGCAACUCCAUUGGUGGCAAAGUAGAGGCAUGCCAGGGCAUAGCGCUGCAGAAUCGUUCGAGAGGAGGGUGUGGAAGUAUUUGCGUGUUUCAGUAGCCAGUCCACGGCCUUGUUUUGAUACGAAAAGGGAUCCUUGAAUGCCUCUGGGAACUGCAUCUCCAAAAUGGUCUUCAAGUGCUCUUUGGAUGGGAAUGUAUUGGUGUUGAUAGUGAAAGAAGAGGAAUUCACUACAGUAAAGUCUCCCACACUGAAUGGAUUGUUGUUGUCGUUGCCAUUGCCACUACUGGAAGCUUGUGAUGCAUUCGGGGUAUCACGUGUCGUUGCUGUCACCGUUCCACCGCUUUGACUACCGUCGCCGUUGUCUUUGUUUCGUGUGGUCAAUACCAAGAUCAACGGAAGACAAAUGGCUAGUAUCGAUACGAGAAUGAUCAGAAAGCCAUAUCGCCGUCGUUUGGAUUUCUCCUCGGCCUUGAGAAUCUGGAUAUGUUUCUGAUAGUCUUCUGUUGCCCCCAAAGUCCCCUCUUGCUCAAACUCUGAGUGCUCGCUCAUGGAUGGUUGUCCAAGCUACUUUUGUGUUUUACCGCAUCGUCUUUUGUACAAUCGUUGCUCUCGUGCUCCACAGAUAGACUGCAGUUCCAUUAUUGGCCUCGGCGCUUCUCUGCCUCACAUACAUACAUACAUGCCUCAACAUCAUGUCAACGGAGUUUUAUUCGAUAUUUUGGGCUUGGAGGGUGGCCAAAUUUGAACUUUGACAAUCAUUCGUGCUUCUUACUAUCCACGCUGCGUACUUUUAUCUUCCUCGGCAUUUCCACGCCACGAGU